UGUCAAUGUCACAAUCGAUAGUUUUCCGAAUUUUUCGUUCCGUUGGCGCGUAAAUUUCUUUGUUAUUUGAUAGCCCUAGUCUGCAUUUGAUUUAUAUAAUCUAAUAACACAAAAUGGGUCUUUUGGAGUUGUGUGAAAAAUAUUUCGAAACCAAAAAUCUAUACGAAGUUCUUGGAAUCAAUGAAAAAGCUACGGAUAAAGAAGUUAAAAAAGCGUAUCACAAGUUAUCUCUCAAAGUGCACCCGGAUCGUGUUGGUGAAAAAGAUAAGCUAGAAGCUACUGAGAAAUUUAAAGUACUCGGAGGUGUUCAUGCAAUCCUUAGUGACUCACAGAAGAGAGCCACCUACGACGAGACGAAAUGCGUUGAUGAUGAUGAUGAUGUAGUAGUUGACCGCGACUGGACAGUAUACUGGAGACUGUUGUUCAAAAAAAUAACAGAGGAUGACAUUAUUGCCUAUGAAAAGGAAUACAUCGGAUCUGAAGAGGAACGCAAUGAUCUUAAAGUAGCUUAUUUAGCGGGUAAAGGUGACAUGGACUAUAUUGUUGAUCAAGUGCAGUUUGCCAGAAGCGAGCAUGAAGAUAGACUUAAGGGCAUCUUGAAAGAUAUGAUUGACAAAGGAGACAUUCCAGCGUAUAAAAAAUUCACUCAUGAGCCAGAGAAAAAACGCCAAAGGAGGAUUGCAAAAGAAAACCGAGAAGCAUUGGAGGCUGAAGAAUUGAAAAAAGAAUUGGGAGUUGGUUCAGGUCCCAAUAGUCUGGAACUCAUGAUAAAACAAAAGCAGCAAGCACGAGCUCAACAGAUGGACUCGUUAAUUGAUAGUUUGGCAGCUAAAUAUGGUGGCGGAAAUAAGCCAAAGGCUACGAAGAGGAAAGCCGCCACUAAAAUUGAAAAUGCUGCGAAGAAUAAGAAAAGAAAGUAAGAUGCAACGGGAUUGGCGUAAGGCCGUAUUUACACACGCGGAGUGUGGCGUUGGAUUUAGGCAGCGCAAGGCGCACUAAACGUAUGGCGAUGUAGGAGCAUUCUUGUGUAGCUAUGAGCGUCCUACUGCAUCCAAGAAGAAUGCAAAACACAUGGUAGCACGUAGAACUGAAAUUUGAGAUAUUGAAAUAUGACCUUAAAUUACUUUAUUCACUAUUUGCCGUCUCACCGGGGCAAACUUCAAACUCUGAUAGAUAUAAAUGUCAGAUUUUGGUAUAUAAAGAAAAGGUAUUAGGUGGGUCCACACUCGCUCAGGCGAGGAAAACGCGCGACGUCUCGGACGCACGUCCACACUGGCCGUUUUGUGCGCGAGGAAAUUGGCUCGCGCGUAUGCUCGCUCUGUGUGGACCCGCCUAAUAAGGUAGAUAUUUCCGAAGAAUGUGGAUUUAUCCGAGACAUCCGAGUUUGAAGUUAAGCAACUCUAUUUAUCCUCACUGUUUGCUGAUUGUCUCAUAGAGAGUGAAGUAGGUAAUUCAAGGUCAUAUUUCCUUGCCUCAUCUUUAUGUCCUACUUGCAAGAGACAGUGUUUUAUCUUCUACGCAUCGCAAAUGGCCACACAAGUCGCAACGCGCCGCGUAUGCAAAAACUAGGCCUAAAAUUUAAUUGUGAUGAUGUGUCAGUUCAAUUUUAUUAUUGAUUAGUACUAAGUAAAUUAUUGUAAUAAAUACUGCCUAAUUUUAUAAUGUGUUUAAUGAACAAUAAAACCUUUUCUUUGAAAAAAA